AUGACUUUUGAAGCAAUCCCUACCACAACCAGCAAAAUGCAACUCCCACAAUACAUUCUCGUAACACUUGCUCUUGCUCUCCCUUUAGCAUCUGCCUUUGGCGGAAAAGCCACAUUUUACGAACCCAAUAGCCUCGGUUCUUGUGGUCAACAACUCACAGUAAGCUCUGCUUCCCUCUCCCAGAUUUCCAUGAAUUAAAAGAUCCAGGCCGAUUCUGGAACCGUCGCUCUAUCACGAAGCCACGAUGGGAACUGCGGCCGCACUGUUCCUGUUACCUCCAAUGGCCGUAGUGUGACUGCAAAGGUCGCAGAUGCAUGCUCAGGCUGCGGAACUGAUGGUAUUGACUUGACGAAAUCAAAAUUCUUGGAAUUGGGAGGGAAUGUGGGGACUGCAAGUCUUAGUGUUUCUUGGUAAGUUACAAUACGUCAAGGUUCGUAAGUGGUUCUCCUCUGAUAUAAAUUUAGGGACUUCGUUUAG